UCUCCCUUCCACCCUCCCUCUCUCCCUCCCCGUUUUGCCCGCCCCGGCCCUGCCCCUACCCCAAACCCCUCCCCCUCCCCUCGGCGCCUCCGCGCCCGGGGUGUCAUUGGGCCCGAGAGACUCGGGCCAACUUCAGGCAGCUGGGAGGAAGCCUGUGCGGUCACCUGGGUGCAGGAGCGUUGCCGCCGCGGGCUCUCCCGCAGCCGGGAGAGCGGCACUGGCCGGCCUGGAUGUGGUUGAAUGUUGGGGGGUUCCGCAGCAGGGGUGUCGCGGCGGUGGCAAGCGCUGCAACAGGUAGACGGCGAGCGACGGACCCCGGCCGCGGCAGCUAUGGAGACCAAAGGCUACCCCAGUCUCCCUGAAGGUCUGGAUAUGGAACGACAGUGGACUCAAGUUUCUCAGGCUCCAGAGCAUUCUUCCCUGGGCCCUACAGAGAGGACCAAUGAGAACUACAUGGAGAUUGUCAACAUAAGCUGUGUUUCCGGUGCUAUUCCAAACAACAGUACUCAAGGAAGCAGCAAAGAAAAACAUGAACUACUCCCUUGCCUUCAGCAAGACAAUAAUCGGUCUGGGAUUUUAACAUCUGAUAUUAAAACUGAGCUGGAAUCUAAGGAACUUUCAGCUACUGUAGCUGAGUCCAUGGGUUUAUACAUGGAUUCCAUAAGAGAUGCUGACUAUACCUACGAUCAGCAGAACCCACAGGGAAGCCUGAGCCCAGCAAAGAUUUAUCAAAAUGUAGAGCAGCUGGUGAAAUUUUACAAGGAAAAUGGCCAUCGCCCUUCCACACUCAGUACUGUGAGCAGGCCCUUGAGGUCCUUUGUAUCGGACUGUGGGAGCUCCAUGAAUGGUGGGGUCUUGCGUGCCAUUGUGAAAAGCCCUAUCAUGUGUCAUGAGAAGAGCCCCUCUGUGUGCAGCCCUCUGAACAUGACAUCUUCGGUUUGCAGCCCUGCUGGAAUCAACCCCGUGUCCUCCACCACAGCUAGCUUUGGCAGUUUCACAGUGCACAGCCCCAUCGCCCAGGGAACACCCCUGACGUGCUCCCCUAAUGUUGAGAACCGAGGGUCCCGGUCACACAGCCCUGCCCAUGCUAGCAAUGUGGGUUCCCCUCUCUCAAGUCCCUUAAGUAGCAUGAAAUCCCCAAUUUCUAGCCCUCCAAGUCACUGCAGUGUAAAAUCUCCAGUCUCCAGUCCCAGUGUCACUCUGCGCUCCUCUGUGUCCAGCCCUGCAAAUCUCAACAACUCAAGGUGCUCUGUUUCCAGCCCUUCCAACACAAACAACAGAUCCACGCUUUCCAGUCCGACAGCCAGUACAGUGGGAUCCAUAUGCAGCCCUCUAAACAAUGCCUUCAGCUACGCUGCUUCUGGCAACUGUGUGGGAGCUGGUGCCACCCGGGAUGUGAUUCCCAGUCCAGACACCCACGAGAAAGGUGCUCACGAGGUCCCUUUUCCUAAGACUGAGGAAGUGGAGAAUGCCGUCUCCAGUGGUAUGACUAGCCAGCUCAACAUUGUCCAGUACAUCAAACCAGAACCAGAUGGCACUUUCAGCAGCUCGUGUCUAGGAGGAAACGGCAAAAUAAAUUCUGAUUCUCCAUUCUCAGUACCAAUAAAGCAAGAACCCACCAAGCAUUCGUGUUCAGGCACCUCUUUUAAAGGGAGUCCGGCGGUAAACCCAUUUCCAUUUAUGGAUGGCUCGUAUUUUUCCUUUAUGGACGAUAAAGACUAUUAUUCUCUAUCAGGAAUUUUAGGACCACCUGUGCCGGGCUUUGAGGGUAGCUGUGAAGGCAGUGCAUUCCCAAUGGGGAUUAAACAAGAGCCAGAUGAAGGGAGCUAUUACCCAGAGGCCGGCAUCCCCGCAUCUGCCAUUGUUGGUGUGAAUUCAGGUGGGCAGUCCUUCCACUACAGGAUUGGUGCUCAAGGUACAAUAUCUUUGUCACGAUCAACGAGAGACCAAUCUUUCCAACACCUGAGCUCCUUUCCACCUGUCAGUACUUUAGUAGAGUCAUGGAAAUCACACGGUGAUUUGCCAUCUAGAAGAAGUGAUGGAUAUCCUGUCCUAGAAUACAUUCCAGAAAACGUAUCAAGCUCUACUUUACGAAGUGUUUCUACUGGAUCCUCAAGACCUUCCAAAAUAUGUCUGGUGUGUGGGGACGAGGCCUCAGGAUGUCACUAUGGGGUGGUGACCUGUGGCAGCUGCAAAGUCUUCUUCAAAAGAGCAGUGGAAGGACAACACAACUAUUUAUGUGCUGGAAGAAAUGAUUGCAUCAUUGAUAAGAUUCGACGAAAGAAUUGUCCAGCCUGCCGACUUCAGAAAUGUCUUCAAGCUGGAAUGAACUUGGGAGAUCGUACCUUGUGUUCACCACAGUCACUUGCAAAGCUAACCUUCCCGUGCCUGACCCAAGAGUGUUUGUUCGCAGCUCGGAAGUCGAAGAAGCUGGGGAAGUUGAAAGGCGUCCACGAGGAACACUCACAGCAGCCGCCGCCACCACCACCGCCACCCCAGAGCCCCGAAGAGGGGACCACGUACAUUGCGCCCGCCAAGGAGCCCUCGGUCAACACUGCGCUGGUCCCCCAGCUCUCCACCAUCUCUCGCGCCCUCACCCCAUCCUCCGGGAUGAUUCUGGAGAACAUCGAGCCCGAACCCGUGUAUGCGGGCUAUGACAGCUCGAAACCAGACACGGCAGAAAACCUGCUCUCCACACUCAACCGCUUGGCCGGCAAGCAGAUGAUUCAAGUGGUGAAGUGGGCGAAGCUACUUCCAGGAUUUAGAAACUUGCCUCUUGAGGACCAAAUUACCCUAAUCCAGAACUCUUGGAUGUGUCUGUCAUCAUUUGCCUUGAGCUGGAGAUCGUACAAACAUACGAACAGCCAAUUUCUCUAUUUUGCACCAGACCUAGUCUUUAAUGAAGAGAAGAUGCACCUGUCUGCCAUGUAUGAGCUGUGUCAGGGCAUGCACCAGAUCAGCCUUCAGUUCGUCCGGCUCCAGCUCACCUUUGAGGAAUACACCAUAAUGAAAGUCUUGCUGCUGCUUAGCACAGUUCCAAAGGAUGGCCUCAAAUGCCAGACUGCAUUUGAAGAAAUGAGGACAAACUACAUCAAAGAACUGAGGAAGGUGGUAACUAAGUGUCCCAAUAAUUCUGGACAGAGCUGGCAGAGGUUCUACCAGCUGACCAAGCUUCUAGACUCCAUGCAUGAUGGCUUGCUAAGUCACUGAGUUGCCCAAGCUGGGCUCAAACAUGCCAUCCCCGCCUCAGCCUCCGAGAGUUGCGAUUACCAACACAUGCCACCGUGCCUGGCUCUCACGGUGGUUUCAUGGGCCAUCACUACUGUAACUGUUGGGAGUUGGCUGAAUGCGUGUAACCUACAGGAAAUGUGAGCUCAAUGGUCAAGGACCUCUGAAGGAACAACCAACCAUGGAAGCCAGGGGAGGCUCUCUUUAAAUGACAAGGUCUACAACCUUUAAGCUGCACAGUGUCACCUGGUGUCUGGCUCACUCCCCAAGGACCUUUCCCUGCCUCAUUUCCUAAAGGCUGGAAGAGUCUUUGUGAGAAGCAGAAGGUCACAUCUGGCUACCACCGUCUUUCUCAACUUGGAGACCAUUUCCCAUAUGCCAUGCUCGUGUGUUCCAACAGACAGGAAAAAACCCUUGUUCUCUCAAAAGCUAUUGUCACAUCUGCAAAAUGUCUUCUCAUCCAGGGAACAGACAACUUUUUGGGUAAGAACUAGGUUGCUAUUACAGGUUUUCUAGGCCAUAGGUUCUUACAACUAUUCAACUGGAUGACUGUAGCAUGAAAACAGUAGUGGUAACAUACUUCAACUACUUUGCAUAAUUUUAACACAUCAGGAAAUAACAUUUAAAAAUUUUUUCAACCUCUUCAAAAGUAUAAAAAAUACACAUCAAAAACUUGCAAAAACAUUAGGCCAAAUAUGGCCCGUGGGCCAUAGAUCACUGACCUCUGUUUAAGUUAGGAGCAUCAUAGAAUGAAGGAAAUAAAAUAGGCCACCCUGACGUAAGCAUUCCUAUUUAAACCUGCCCUGGCUACUGGGACCUGCCCCUUAAUACUUCAGGUUCUGUUGGCUUACUUUCCCCCCAGAAAUUGACACAAGAAUUUAACUGCUUAAUCUAGAUUUACCCUAAUAUUGAGGUUGGUAACAUAUAAACAAGAUGAUUUAGAUUUUUUGGUUUGCUUAGUGUAGUAUACAUUUGCAAGAAAGAUCUAGGAAAUAUUGAAAACAAAAUUAGGGAAAGUUCAUACUUCUAUAUACAGUAACAUGCCAAUGCAUUUCAGACUCAACCCUUUCAUUACAUUUCCUUUGUGCGGCAAUGUUCUAAUUAUCCCUUUAUCUUUAAGCUCUGCUUUCUUCUUCUCCAUUGUGUCAUUUUUCUUUGUGUUUUUCGCAUGUACAAUAGACCUUAUUCACAAGAAGGCGGAGUUGCGGUCUGGAAAGAGGCUUGUAAUACAAGGAAACUUAAACAGGGUGGAAAUUAAAUAAAUUUACCAAAAAACUAGAAGGAGAAUGAGCCGGUUUUGCUUAGCACAGCAUCCACAUGACACUUUUAUGGGAUUUUAACAUUCAGCACUGACCAGAGAUCAAUGAUUGGGGUUGAAUUUAUUAUAAAAAUGGUGACGAGGAUCAUAUAACAAUACAUAACCCUCAGAGGCUCCCGGAAGGGGAGUGGAUGCAGAGUUUGCAGAAAGGCCCUGGGUGUUCCUGAGUCAUGGGACGGCAUCCACUUGCAUCCCAGCUCCUGCCCCCUCCUGGACCAACCCAAGCUUCCCUGUCUGGGUCACUCCAUCAGGGCAGGCUGGACAGUGCUUUUUGCUGCAGUGUUGAACGUGCCCUAUCCCAUCCUGGCAGCCAACCUGGCAUUUUCCAGUACAGCUCACGUGAUGAUACAGCAGGGCUGGUGACCCCAUAGAGCCCUGUGUCCUGCCACGAGGACACCUGAAGCUAGGUGUCCCCAUCUACUGCAAGCCCAUCUGGGGCAGAGGAGAGCAUUCUCUUCAAAUGAGGAAUCAACAAAUGAGUCCAUUUGUGCACAAUACCUCAGAGCCGCAGGCAGCAAUGUCCCCAAGUGCCUCUGCCACACUGAGUGUUCUCACUGAUGAAGCUUUGGUCACCAGAUACCUUUGGAUAUCUGAUGAUACAGUUCUUCAGGACUUUCCUAAGCUGAGCCCUUAAGAGAACCUGCCAGCAGCUCUCAGGCUAUCAGCCAAGUGGCUUAGAUUAUGUUUACUUUGGGUCUGGAAACAAAACAGAUGCUCCUAAGGCUGUGGCAGGGAAGGGACUUGUUACCAUGUCAUACUUCACUGACGUGUAGUCAAUCAAAGAGGAGCAGGACACUGGCUGCAGCAAGCCCACCUGUAUACUUGCAUGCAUCACACCUGCCCACCCAGCUGGAAAGAGGGUGGGGUCUUGAGCCUGGGGUGUGUGUGUGUGUGUGUGUGUGUGUGUGUGUGUGUGGUAUCUGGAAUCGAACUCAGAACCUUGCACUUGCCAGGCAGGCACUUAUGCUGCUGAGCUGUUCAUAACACCCAUCAUUUACCAUUGGGCCACCAUCUUACAGUGUAGCAUUCAGUGGAAUUAAGCACAUUCACGUUGUUGUACCAUCAUCAUCACAGUGUCCAUUCACUUCCUGUGGGCAUCUGGAUUGCUCCCAAAUUCUAGCUAGAGUGAAUACGGCCACUAUAAGCAUAUGUAAGAUAUAUGUGUAUAUCUAUACAUAUAUCUAUCCAGAUCCCUGGUUCAGUUUUUUGGGCUGAAGGCCUGAUUGUGGAAUACUGCACUAUAUGGUGAGUCCAUGCUUAAUUUUUUGAGAAGCUACUCUUCUGUGUCCCACAGAGCUGAUGUAUUUCACAUUCCUUUCCCAAUGGCACCCACAGUGUCCAGUUAUUCCACAUCUUACAAGAAAUUACUAUUUCCUGUUUUCUAAUGGCCAUCCUAUUGGGUGUGAGGUAUUGUCUAAUUGUGUUUUUGGUUUUAAUUUACGUUUUUGUAAUGACUGGUGGUAUUAAACAUCUUUACAUUUGUUUAGCAGCCUUUUUGAGGGGGGUGGUACCAGGAAUCACACUCAGCACCUUGUCGUUGCCAGGCAGGUGUUGGGCUGCUGAGCUAGCCCUGGCUCCUUAGCAGCCUUUUUUAUACCUGGAUUGGAGAAUUUGAUUUGUUUUUUAAGCUGGAUUUUUCUGCUGUUGAUCUGUAGCAUACAUAAGCAUGCUAUUAAAGCCUUAGUAGAUAAACAGUUUGAAAAUAUUUUCUCCCCCUCCAAGGGUUGCCUUUUAGUUCUCUUGUGUCCUUUGAUGCCCAGUCUCUAACCCCAGUGUCAUCCAGUUUAUUUUCUGUUGUUGUUGCCCAUGCUUUUGGUGUCAGAGCCAAGAAUAAGCCCGCUUCAUUCUGCAUGGAGGCCAAACUCCUUAUAUAAUCGCUGCAGGUCGUUUUCCAGCAUUCACAAGUCUAUUUCUGGAACACCUAGACUAAACAGUCACUGGCCGCUUGCGUCCAGUGAAACUGUUAAAGUAUUUACAGUUGAAUCUGUGGAUUUUUUGCCCCAACCCCAUCAAUACAGCUGGCUAAGGUUUUAUUUUCUUUUUUCUGUGAGUGGCACCGGGCAUUGAACAUAGGACCUGAUACCCCGGGUCACACACUUUUCCACCGAGCUGCACCCUGAGCCCUAGGUGAUUAAAUUCUGAUCUUUGAGAACAAGGCUUCAAGCCGAGCUCAUGGUGCUUGUUUCAGGCAGGGACCCAUUUUAUUUAGGCAGACAGUCUGUACUGGCAGCGAGACGCACAAGUGAGUGGGCUCUGGAAAUCACUCUGGAAGGAGCCCAGCUCAGAGGCCGCUGUCCUGGCUCUAUCUCUGUGAAGCAGUUGUGUGGCCCCAAGUGACAGGCGGGGGAUCCAUGCCAGGAGGCAUCCUGAUAUGGUGGCUGGUGGAGGGCACAGCCCAGUGAGUCAGUGCCCGCGAUGACAGGCAAUGACUCUGCAGAGAGCAGGGAAAGGGCACAGAGGGAGCCCAGAACCCUGCAAUGGGAUGGAACCAAGUGCCAUUGGCUGCCCUGCGACCUUGCUGGGCUCCUCCACCAGUGACAGCUGUGGCCCAUCAGCUAGGAGAUUAGAGUGGGGCCUUCGCUAAACUUCUGUGAUCCCAGCAGAUGCGUUUUUGCCCUGAAUGAAUGAAGAGUCCCUAUAUAAGUCUUUGCCUGAUUCCCAACAGUGUGGGACUCUCAAUGCUGAUUAUAAUUAGGGUUCUUGCCUCCCCACCGAGCCUGGUGUUUACCAAGGAAAGCUGACUGGGAUGAACACUGAGGCUGCAGCAGGCCAGGCCAUUUUUGGGGCUUCCGUUGAAGAGGCUGGCACUGUCAGCACUCUCAGGGUCCAGCUCUUAACUCACGCCCUGCUCUGUGCACCUCUGACCACACUGCUUUCAGCAUGGGUCACAUGCUGAACUCCCAUUAAACCCAGCGUAAACACCCUGGGUGAAAGCGAGAUCCCAGGAGAAGACAGCAAGAAGUUAAACGACAAGCCCCGGGGUUUGCAUUAUUCAGGGUCACUAAAAUAGAAAUGGCUGAGGGUAAGCCGGGGUCCGGAUGAGUCAGAGAAACCAGGACCUGGGAACCCAGGCAACUGUGAGUCUCUUCAGAGACCUCCCCAGGUCACUCAGCAGUGCCACCAGGGACCCUCUUGGAAAUGUGCCUCUUCUUGAUGGGAGAGGGGAGCACAUCUUUAAUAGAAGUACUUAGGGGGCGGAGACCCUGAGGUGAGGUUGCUCACCAGGGCAACUUGGUGAGAUCUUGACUCAAUAAUAAAAAAUUUCAAGAAGUGUGAGGAUGCAGCUCAGUGUGGAAUGGCCCUGAAUUAGAUCUCCAGGAUAAGAAAAAAAAAAGGUAGUUUCUGCCUUCAAGGAGCUGGCAGGCCCCUGGAGGAGCUACACCAUAAAUAAAAUUUAACCAUAGAGAUGUGAACAGUGGAACAAAUAGCAAGUGAUUGUCAUUUAGCUACCCAGCUAAGUGUCAGCGGUGAGGUCAGAGGAGAGGGAGGCCUCCCCAUGAAGAGGUGACUGCAGCGAGGGGGUAGGUAACAGGAAGAGUCCCUGGGAACCAUGCAGAUGUAGCCCUGGCUUGCAUCAUUGGUGAAGAAUAACAUUUUAAAAAAUUACUCCAUGCCCAAUGGGCAUCCAAGGAAUGCAUAGAAAAUCUCCCACAGCGCACUGUCCAGUCACUCUAAAAGGAGUCAUUCUGAAUGGUGGCCUUCCAGAGGGUCUGGAUUCCCAGUGUCCCAAAACUGUGGCACAUCUUAAGCAGUUCACAUCCCAUUCACCACCCUCUGUGGCCCACGUAGGGAUGCACAGUGCAGUUCACAUGUGACCCACAGCACCUCUGGUAUGCCGUGUCAGCCCACCCCACCUCUGCUGACUCUGCGUCUGGGGCAGUGGCCAACCCUGCACUGAGAAGGGGACUGGGAAUGCCACCUGUGAGGACCUGUGCUUCAUACCCCUCUGCGUCCUUGUUCUUGGACUGUCUGGCUGGGCAGGAGCCACAUGUGCUUAUAUUCCUUGGGGGCAUGCCGUGUGUACUGCACAGGCACACAGAGGCCACUUUUCUGUAACCUAGCAGUGUGGCUUAUAAGCCAGUGUCCUUGCUGAACUGACCUCACUGUUUGAUGUGGGACUCUCAUGGCCUCAUUCCCAGCUCCUCAAGUUCCGCCCCAUGCAGCUCCUCCUGUCGUGUGCCUGGCUUUUCCAGCAGGGAAGGUGCUGUGUCCUGUAGCACUACUCUUCCCUGAUCACUGACUGAGGACCAGGUAGGGCUGGGUCUUACCCUGGAGGCCCCUGGUCCACUGGCUGGGGCAGGCCAGGGUCAGAGGAGGGCUGGAGAGGGCUGAGGGUCCAUGAGUGCUUGGUGGCAGGACCUGCUCCUGGCCUAUGUUCUCCUCACUCAGUGACAAGUGUCUCCUGGCUUCUGUUCUCUUAGGUGCUUCCUGAGCUCCACAAGUGCAGACCUGACUCAGGUGUGAGAUCUGCAGAGGCUUCUGGCCUUCCUCCCAGAAAGGGUGGCCAAGGCAAGCUGAGGCCUUCCGAACAGCCAGCCCUGCGGUUGGCUCUGCCUGCUCUAACAAUUAAGAUGAUUCCUUUCCUGAAAGUGUUAGUGACUCUCCCACCCCUAGGCCAACCCCAUGUGAGGCUGUGACACUGGCCACCUUGCUCAGGAAGGUGCUGUCCCUCUGCAGCUGACCGAGGCAGCAUAGAGGCCCUGGCUGGCAGCUGACGACUGGGAAUGAACAGCUUGCACUGUCUGAGGAACAAGAACAGAGGUGGGUGGGAAGCGCCAGCCCAGGUGAAUAUGCAUAGUAGGCGAGAGGUGUCUGGGACACCUGUCCCCAGCCAACCUGCAAGGAACACAGCCCAUACUGGCCUCUCCACACUGGUCCUUUUCCUCAGCAUCUCCCAGGCCACGGACACAGGGAGGCAGGUAAUAUGAAUAAGGACAGAGGCAGCCAGCAGGCCUGUCCUAUCAGUAGGUUCACAGUCGUGUCUCCCAGCGAAAACGCUGAGAACCAACUUCCCUCUUCCUCCUCCUCCUAGCCCACAGGAAGCUGUGCUGUUGGCUGCUGUGUGCAAAUCAGAAUUAUCUAGGCCAUAAUGGUGAUUCAGAGUGUCGUGGUCUCACUGACAGACUCUCCAGUUGUUGUCCAGUGGCUGCAUGUCACAGACUCGUUCCUCCUUUGGGUCCUAUCCAAAGGCCUCCGAUUCUGAGCACCUCCCUGUGCACCAGCUUCCUAAAGCUUCACCUCCUCUUCUGUUAAGACUGUAGCCCACCUAAAAGCCCUAGGGCACGGAGACAGGGAGCUUUUAUCAUUGGACAUGAACAAGGCCUAGAUUCAGAGCCCUGAAACUCAUGGUCACUAGGUUGACCCAUUCUGCUGGCAAUCAGUGCUGCCUAGACAGAGAUGCCUUGUCUACCUUUUGUUUAAAAUUUUUGAUGUAUUUUUCAUUGAUCCAUAGCAGCUGUACCUAGCUGAGGUACAGGGCGGCAUUUCAGUACUUGUAUAAAAUGUGCAGUGAUCAGAACAGGGAGGUGGCACACUUAGCACAUUAGACGUGCAUCGCGCCAUUGCUUUGGGAACAUUCUCAGUCCUUCCCAUGAACUUUAAAGUCUUAAUUGUUUCUCAGCCAUACUUAUCCUGUUCUGUGCCAUAGAACAUCAUAGUUGCCCCUUCUAUCCAACUUCACUGCAUACCCAUUGGCUGUCCUUUCUCAGUCUGUCCAUCCAUCCCUACACUCUUUCCAGGCUCUAGUAACCAUUGCUCCAUUCUCUGUUUCUUUGACAUCAGUGUUUUGGCUGCCACAUAUAAAGUUACAGUGUGCUAUAUCUGGCUUUCUGUGCACAACUUCCUUCACUUAAUGUGUCUUCCAGUUCCAUCUGUGCUGCUGCACAUGACGGAAAUUCACUUUAUAAUGGCUGAAUAUUAUUCCACGGUGGACAGCUGCCACUUUUCUUCAUGCACUCAUCUGCCCAAGAGCACCUGGGUUGAUUUCACUCCUUGGCCAUUGCAAACGGUGCUGCAGCAAAUAUGACAGCAGACAUCUCUUUGUCAUACUGACAUGCACGCAUCUGGCUGUCUCCCGAGUGGUGGGUCCCUGGAUCACAGGGUAGCUGGAUCUCUAAGAUGUUUUGGUGGAACCGUCAUACUGUGUCCCAUAGCGUUUGAACUACUUUACAUUCCCAUCAGCACUGUAGGGGAGUUCUCAUUCUCUGCGUCCUCUCCAGUAUUUACUAUUUGUCUUUUUUGAUAACAGCAUUCUAAAUGGGGUAAGUUGCUAUGCACUAUGAUUUCGAUUUGUGUUGCUCUGGUUAUCAAUGAUGAUGAUGGUGGUGGUGGUGUUUUACACGCUUGGCCACUUGUGCAUCAUGUAUGAAAAAUGUCUACCAGGUCAUUUAUCUACCUUUAAAUUGGAUUAUUUGAUAUGUUUUUCUUUUGUUUUCUUAUUGUUGAAGUUCCUUAUGUAUUCUGGAAAUCGAUCCUUUGUUGGAUGGGCAGUUGUCUUAUCACUUUAAUUAUUUCCAUUACUGUGGAAAAGCUUUUAAGUGGAAUACCUGGGUCAAGUGGAAUCUCUGUUUUAGUUUUCUGAAGAGUAUCCAUACUGAUUUCUAUAUUGAUGGUACCAGUCUACCCUUCGAAAAUAGUGGAGAAGGGUUCUUUUUUCCCCCACACCCUUACCAGCAUUUCUUACUGAUUUCUUGGAAAUAGCAUUCUUUCCGGAGGGAGAUGGAAUCUCAGUGUCAUUUUAAUUUGCGUUUCUCAAUGACCAGAAAUGUUCAACAUUUUUUCAUAUGUUUAUUUGCUGUUUGUUCUGAGCUGUUGGGCUGCUGUUUUGAGAAGCAUCUAUUCAUUUCAGAUACCCAUUUUUGGAUUGAGUUUUUAAAUUGUGGGAACUUAUUUUAUGUUUUUUAGUUCUCUAUAUAUUCUAAAUAUUAGUAGUUUGUCUGAGGAAUAUACAACUCUGGGAAUUACCUCUUCACUCUGUUGGGUUGUUUUUGGUUUUGCUAUAAAAAAGUUAAUUGUUGUUGAUUCUUUGCAGUAUUUCGUGUGCGAUUAUGAUUUAUUCAUAAAGUUUUUGCCAACAACUGUGUCUUCAAGACUUUUACUCUUUCAGCAGAUCUAGUGUUUCUCCUUUAAUAUUUAGAUCUUUAUAUGUUUUUAUUUUAUGUCAGUGACCAGUGAGGUCUGGGUUUAACCUUUGGCGUGUGGAAAGCCAGUUUCCCAGCACCAUUUAUUAAAGAAGCUAUUUUUCUCCCAGUGCAGGUUUUUGGCCCCUUUGUCAAAGAUAGAUGACUGAGUGUGUUUGUAGUUGUUUCUGCAUUUUGCAUUCUAUCACACUGAGCCUUGGAUCUGUUUUGUUUGUUUGUGUUUCUGUUUUACCAGUACCAGGCUGGUUUUGGUUUUGUUUUUUUAUCAUGGCGACUUUGUAGUACAAUUUCAAGUCAGGGACUGUGAUGCCCCCGCCUUGUCUUCCUUGACCAGAAUUACUUUUGCUAUUCUAGAUUCCUUCUGGUUCCAAAUUGAUUUUGGAUUGUUUUCUCUAGUUCUACCAAGUAUGCUCUUGGUAUUUUGAUCUGGAUUGCAGUGAAUCUGUACAACAGUUUUAUAAGUAUGGCCCUUUUCACUAUAUUGGUUCUGCCUUCCAAGCACAAGGGCUGUCUUUCCAUUUUCUCACGUUUUCUUUGAUGACCUUUUUCAGAGUGCUGUAGUCUUCAGGGUAAAGGUCUUUCACUUCCUUUGCUGCACUGAUUCCUAAGUAUUUCAUUUUUCUUGAUGCUAUUGUAAAGGGCAUUAUGUCUCUAAUUUCUCUCUCACUGAGUUUUUGUACAGGAAUGCCACUGAUUUUUAAGCACUGACUUAAUAUACAGAUAUGCAAUUAAAUUUGAUUAAUAAAUCAAGUCUUUCGGUGAUUUUCAGGGUCUUCUACAUAGAGUAUCCUGUCAUCCACAAAUAGUGAUAAUUUCUUUCUUGCUCUUGUCUCAUUGCUCUGGCUAAUGUUCCCAGAGCUGUAUUAAAUAGGACUGUCAAUAAGAACCUUUCCUUUCUUUCUGUCUUACUGUUCUAAGACUUCUAAUACUUAAUUUAAUAACAGUGCUGAAACUGAACUUGUUUCUCAGAGAAAAUGAUUUUACUUAUGGUAUUGAGUUUGU